UUUAAGUAUGAUUUUGAAGAGCAUUUUUCAGCGCUUCGAUUUAAAACAGGCACUUGUUCUGAUAAAUCUAAGUAACAGAACUUAGAGCAAAAUACCGAGAUCAAGAUCACGGUUAAUUUUUAUUUUCCGUGAUGUUUCUAAGCUUGUAACUUUCUCACUAUAUGAGGUAGAAUGGUCAAUCAAGAGCCAUUUUCUAGAGCGUUCUGCUGCAUCUUUUCACACACUAGAGACACAUUUUUAAUCAUGUAUUUUACUAAAGAAAAACUAACCAUUCAAAUUUAGUCAGGACUUCUGAGUCACCCUUUAUGGUUUUUACACAUGUACUACAGAAUCUGUUGAUCUACUCAAUUAGUGUUUCUUUUCAGUUCUUUUUUUAAUUAUAUUCAUCUUUCUUCUUUCUUAUAUCUAAAUAAAAAGUCACAAAUCAUAGUCAUGUGGCUUUUAGCGGUAUAUUUUUGAGAAAGAUGAGAAAAUUGUUUUUUGCAAGUCUCGUAAAGCAUCGUUAAUGAAAAAUCUAUCAUAGUCAGAUUUUAAUGAGCAAACAUAUUCAACAUUAUUUAAAGAGAAUCGGCUACAGUAAAAUCAGCCGCAAGUCCUAGUUAAAGAAGAGACUUACACGUAUCCGCUUUUAGAACACAGAGCGUGCGCCUCCUCAGGUGGAUUUUUAGAUCUUUUCUACAACAUUUUCCGAAUCUUCUCAGAAUACACCACUGUCUACAACGCCUCAGACUUUUGCAAAAUACAGGCGAUCUUGUUUGACAAACUACAUCGAUUUGUAGAGUAAAGUAUUCUCUUCAAAAUGAGACGUUGUACUGAUCAGUGUGACAUUGAUUCGAAAAGCUAAGACUGAUUUACUGCAGAACUCUGUUCUAUGCUUAGUCAUUUCUUUUCUCGUACCCGGUAAAAUUCGUUUUUGUACCGAGUUUAUUUUGUCUUCUCUUGUUUUUUCGAAUUUCGGACAUGAUUUUAGAUAGAGAGAUGAAAAUUACUUCUCGAUCAUGAUAUAUGUUCUCUGAAAUUUUCGUUAAGGUCGGACUUAAAAGAAUCCUUUUUUGGCGAUAAAGCUCUGCCUUAACUAACAAAAUAGUCUUUUUUACUUACUGAAUUCUUUGGAAAGAAGAGACCAAACGGCCGGAUACACCUUGUUAUAUUAAUCCUUUCUUUGGCUUGUUAUAUGAGAUUUUAAUGAUGCUCUAUUUUAGUAUCGUCUAAAAAGUCUAGUUCUGUCAAGCGAGUGUUUAUUUCUACUCCUACUCUGAUUCUUCUUUAUUAUUUAUCUUAAAAUAAAAUGUAUUGAUUAUUAAACUUUAUAGCUAACUUAUGGAUGAUGACUUUAUUUUGUUUUUCUUUUAAGUAAAGCAAGAGUGUUCCAUAAUGUCAAUACCCUCGGUAACAAUAUUCUAAUGAUAAGUGAAAAAAAUAACCUAUAAAAUAAAGUGACGGUCUUGCACUUGGUUUUUCUCAUUUUUUAUUCCUUAUUAUCUAACAGUAAAAGAUUUAGUAGCCGUAGGCUUAUUCAAAGGCGUGUUUGACAAAAAGAAAAGGAAAAAAAGUGUUAAAGACGACAACAGAUGUUUAAUAAUAGGUAUAAUUAUAGUAUUACAGAUUGUUGAACUAAGUGUGAUGUAAAAAGUCAGAGUUAACUCUGAAGAAAAUAUAUUUCAUCUCCUUUCUUGAACAGGUAUCCUCUCGUUUCGUCCUGUAUUUGUUAAUUAGCUCUCAUUUCGUCUCACACUCGUUUCGUCCCGUUUACAUUUUCUAUCAUUCUACUCAUUUUAUAACUAUUCAUUUUUUUCUAUCAACUGUAUACUAAUUUAAUUUUAACGAAGUCAUUUUCCAUCAUAGAGUUUAACUGUUUAACGGAAAAGCUUUUGUAGAGAAACAAUAUUCAUGAAUGAAAUAAUAGCAAGGAUCUGACGGUUUGACCGUUACAUUGUUUCAUGGACUAUAAAUUGAACUAUCGUAUGCCUUCAUGGCACCAUUUGAUACAACAACAUUUAUGUAAUAAUAAUGUUCUAUACAGAAACAAAACGUCGUGGCAAAAUUCUUAAUUUUAACGAUCAUCAAUAUACAAAAAAACGUUCAAAUAAAUCAACUGAUAAGUGGCGUUGUCGAAUUAGAAGUUGUAAUAGUAUAAUUGUAUUAGUUCGUGAUGCUUCGACAGUUAUUCAUCCACCAACAGAUCAUUCACAUGUACCAGAUCCAAUUCAAGCAAAAGUUGAUGAAUUUAAAAAUACUUGCAAAACACGUGCAAGAGAAGAAACAACACCAAUAUCCCAAAUUCAUGAACAAGAAUUAGUGAAAUGUAGUUUAAAACACAAUGACAUAUCAUUUUUACCGUCAUAUUCAUCAAUUGAUUCAUCAUUUUAUCGUGAACAAUUAAAAAAUGAUCCAAAAUCAGAUUUACUUGAAAGUGAUUCACGUGUAUUGGUAUUUGAUUCCAAAUGGGGUAUUGAAUAUUUAUCAGAAGUUGAUACGUGGCAUAUGGAUGGUACAUUUAAAACUCGUCCAUUAUUAUUUGCACAACUGUAUAUUAUUCAUGAUUAUAGAAACGGUUACAUGAUACCAACAAUCUGUACAUUAACAUCAGAUAAAAGCGAUGAUCAAGCAGCCACAACAUUCAAUGAUUAUAUAACAGAUACAUAUGUUGAUGAUGACGCUCUAUUUCCAUCAUUUAUUUGGAAUGUUCAUGAUUUAAUUAUUACUGAUCAGCCGUGA